GUCAACAGUUACCUGUCUGCAAGGGGCGUGGCAUUUGCCCUCGGCUCCGCAUCUGAUUACGCUAUAGUUGAUCAGACGCCGGGGGCGACACAGCUUUACUUCAGGCGCCGUACGUUUCUUUUUUGCUGUGGAAUAAAUGGGCAAGCGCAAAUGGAACGUCUUACAUUCAAGGCUGAAAGUGUUGACAAAGCUCGAAAUCAAGGCUCUGAAGAAGGAGAACCAGUCAUGGCUUUCUUCACUGAAGACCAUACCACUGGACGACCCCAGCGCCAUUGCCGACGCCAUCAUGAAAGCCGUGGCAGAUAAGCGCGGAACAGAGUGUCGCCGCCGCGCCGCGUGGCUCUACUGCUGGCUACUUACAGAGCGGCUUCCGGACGUUCUUUGGACCCUUUUAGCAAACGAAGAUGAAAACGAAAAUGACAACAAGGAUGGCAACAAGGACGGCAAUGUCGACAAGGUCAACUACAAGAACGGUGGCGUUCGCGACGAACAAGCUGCUUUCGAAGCUUGCGCUGAGAAAAUGACCACUUCUAAACAAGCCGUGAACGUACAGUGGGUCAUAAAUAAUGGUGCGAUUUACGCGUGUAUGCUGGCCAAGGGUGGAACGUCCGGCCCUAACGGAAUAAAAAAAAUCUACCUGGUGAUGUCACGAAACAGGAAGCUACUGGCCGCCAAAAGGGUUGGAGGUCCAUUGCAGAACAAUCUGAACCACGCCUUGACGGAAGCGUUCCCGAAAUUUCGGAUAAAGACUGGUUUCUUGGAAAGCGAGGACAUCGACAGGGUGCUACUGGAAGGCGUCCACUUGAAGAAACGAAUUGCCCGCGAGCUCAAGGAUUCAAGGGCUAAGGGCUCUGCGACGGAGCAAUCUGCGGAUAACUCUGCAGAUGAGGACUCUGCAGAUGAGGACUCUGCAGAUGAGGACGGUACACGUAAGGGCGGUGCACAUGAGGACGGUACAGAUGAGGAGCCUGCUGAUGAAGACUAUACUUCGAAAGAAGACGGCUCAGAUUCCUCGCUUCAAUAUUCCUCGCUGGAGGAUUCUCUACGCGUGGAACCUGUGCGUAAGGAGUCUUCGCCCGACACUAUGCAAGAAGUGGUGAAACCUGGCUCCUCAAACAACCGCAAGCAGUCGAGAAGGGCACGUGCCACGAAAAAACCUGGACCGACUCCAGUCGCCAACAAAGAUUCGCAGCCUGGUUCUUCGAGAGACAGUAAACCCUGGACUGGGCAUGAUGACCAGCCUGCUGGGAGUGCGGAAAACAAGGUUGACGCGACAGCGGCGCGGCGGAAGAGAGUCUCCACCAGGUCGCCAAUUCUCAAACUGGAGCACAGGCCAAAAAAAGGUGUGCCAAGUGAAAAGCCUGAAGACGGAGACAUCAAGGAGCCUGACGAAGUUGAUCCCAAGGCUGUGUACCAAGAUGCAUUGAAGGAAGUAGAAGGCUUAGAGUCAAUUAUAAACAAACUUAACAGCGGCAAGAUAUAUAUUGGGAGGAGCCAUGAAAUUGAAGUUCGCAAGUUGUGCUUAGCCCUUCACGAGUUCUGUUCCAGAAAAGCCAGAAAUCCGGACGUUCGAAAGCGCAUGCUGGAUGCUGUGCGGCACGAACUCUCCAUUUCGUGUCCGCUCUUUGUGUGGGAAGAGGUGGAAUUCUCAGCUCCGGUAGAGCAACCUCUUCAGGACACUGGCAAAAAAACCCCAAAGAAGCAAAGUGAAAGAAAGAAAAAAACCAAACAAGGGACCUCGGCUAAAAAAGUCAUCUGCCUAUGCAAUGCUCAAGAAACUUUGGUCUGAAAUCAACAAAAGCUCUGAAUCGGAUAAGAAUAGAAUGAGAGAGCUCCUCGAAAAAACUUAUGAGGAUCGCCGUGCAGUACCACCUUCUACUUUGCCCGAAUUUUUCUUGGAUGAAUACAUUCUCACCAUGGAAGCUGAAAUUCGAUUUGGCUCGGAUAUCAGUGCCCUUGAAGAGAAGCUGCGUAAGAUGGCAGUGGUGCUCUCGACUGCACUGAAUCGAGACUUCACAAUAAGGGCCGUCUGCGAAUACCUAGACGAAGGCACAAGUCCUUCACUGAUCACUGAGGGAUUGGUACCUGUCGACAACAGAGACAAUUCGCCACGCAUCUACACGAUGAACGGCCGCCUGUGGAUAUACACCGGUUCUCCGGGGAAGACUGUCGAAAUCGCCAGCGGACGUAUGGAGCGUGCGCUGGUACUGUGCCUGGUACUCUACUACAUCAAGUACAUAGACUACCCUGAAGCGUUCUGGCGAGUCAUGUACGUGCUGCAGUUCGUCCUUAUUCCAAGUGACCCUCCGCCCCCAGUUCCGACACGCAAAAAUGUGCCAGUAUGUCAGGUAACAUAUAAGAUGCGGGGCCUGUUAGACUUGCUUACUUCUAACGUAAAUCAAAGGGGACCAGACGCGAAGUGACGUGUGAAAUUUUUCCACCACCAGAGGUGCUAUGUCCACCGAUGCAUGCUUCGAAAUUGUCAAGACUUGUAUUCACUAAUGUGUGCAUUUUUCAGAGAGUUUCCCUAAAUUCGCCUCUCACAAAUUGUCCCGUUAUCCAGACUCCACAAACGAAUGCUGCUACUUCCCGUUUUGCACGUCACUUUUUUUUUAUUUUUUGCGACAAACUGAGUAAUUACUCUCGGCGUACCAAGAACGUGUUUGAGACUUUGCCGCUCAAAAAAGUUUUUGUGCGCCGCUCAUAUAGAUUUUAUAAUUCAAGUAUAUGUAAAGGUGAUUUUAAAACAGUUUCAUUCUCAUUUUACUGAGCAUUACUUCAAUUGUACACGCACAUUUUAUUGUUCAAUGUUUCUUCUUCAACUUUUAAAAUUAGAUUGCAUGUUUACCAUGAAUUACAGAUUGCAUGUUUAUCAUGUUUGCCAUUGUGCUAAUAAUUUCGUGAAAGCACAAGCAUUUCUACCAUGGCGACAAAUGUUUUACUUUCCCUCCUCUUUUAAUUGCGUACUUCUCAUGUUUCCAUUGCUUACAUUUGUUUUAUAGCGUGCUUUGAAUGUCACCUGUCUUGAAUAGUACUCACGUUGGCGUGUAAUCACCAGGUGCAAUAACUUGUAAACUUCAAAACACUGUGUGUGCAAUGCAUUCGCUUUAUGACAUGUUUGUAGCGGUGGCCUCUCCAUUGUACAAUAGCUCAAAAAAUUGAGACUGCCUGGAUACGCAGCGAUACAGUAUUGUUGCGCGCGGCAUGAUUCAAUAAUCCGAUUCCACGUAACGUGGCUUAAGAAAAUACUUCACGUCGGUAAACGCAUUCAGGUCUCUAUAGGGCCACCCAUAGAAAUUUUCUGUGCCAAAUUACACGAGGUAUACUAUCUCACCGUAGAAUGUUGCGGAUAUUGGGGUUUCAAAACUUGUGUGUCAAUCAUUUGUGCCUGAAGAAAUGUAUUUAGUUGAAAUAGCAGCAGGAUUGUGCUUGUGUGUUUCGCUAUUUUUUAGGCAAUCUUUACUGUAUGUGUGCUUUUCAUUAAAAUAUCACAAGAUUUU